AUGACUAAAGAGAACGAAAAAAAACGGCAAACUAGUUUUGUUUCAACUGCUACUGGUUUGACCAAAGAUUUUAGUGAAAGCACUGAUGAUAUUGGCGAAUCACUGAAAAAAAUCAAUGGACUAGAAAAGGAAAUUGAACAAAAGGAAGAAUUGAUCAAAAAAGGAGAGGGGGAAUUAAAGAAAGUAAAAGAGAGUUUAGUUAAUUUUACCCAAGUUAAUAUUGAUAAUUUAACUCGCCAAAGCAAAGUCGAAACUAUUUUAAGAGGAAUUUUAGAAAGAUUAGGAGAUGAAAAAGGAGCUGACAAAAUUGUUCCAAGCAUUGAAAGGGUUAGAAAAAUAAUCGACAAAUUAGUUGAUGAAAGAAAAGAUUUAGAAGAAAGAUUGAAAGUAGAAAAAAAACGUUCUAAUUUGAUCGGAAAAAGAGGAGAGUUUAACCGUGAAGAAAGAUGGUUAUUCAGUUAUGCUUAUCAGACUUAUAAACUG